GGAUGAGCUACUGCACAGGCCCAAUAAAAAUGGAGGGCCCAAAUAUUUGAAACUAGACGCACAAAGCAUAGGCAGGGUGGUGACGUCCGGCUAGACUCAGGCGAAGGAUCAUCACGGUACACAAAUCAAGUCAUUGCCUUUCGCAUGCUGAGGAAGAAGCAACAAUGCCUCACACAAUUACCUACGAAAGCCCACGCUGCCCUCGCCUCCGAGCCUUAACCUCUGAUGUUCUUGGCCUCAUCAAAGUGGUUCAAGCUCGAGGUGGCAAGAGAGAGGAAGCUCCGGCCGUAGUGGCGCGGUGGGGAGACCCGGAUCCUUCAAGACGCGUUCUUGCCACUUCCAUCAUUGACCGCGAAUGUGACCCUCUUCUUGGCAUUGCAAGAAAAAACGGCAUGAUUGAGGUGCUCAGCUCUAUCAUUGGUGAUGUUCGCUCUACGAUUCUGAGCUCUAGCAAGAGCAGCAGGGCAAGUGAUGAUGAUGCCAUUGUGGCAUUACAUCUAUUCCAAAAACAGAGGUUGGACUCAUCAUUGAGGUCAUGUACCUUGUUCACAUGCACAAUGAAAGGGCAUGCAAGCAUAAGGACUGUUGAAAUGCCUGAGUCACUAGGAGAUUCAACCUCAAACGCCCCUCUCACCACAUGGGAAGCAUGCGCUUUGGGUAACACUCUGUGCUCCAAAGUUGACAGCAGUGAAAGUUACGCUUUAUUUGGGGGGAAGGGAGUUGAAAUCAAUGUGUGGGAUCUUGAAAAAGGUGGUAAAGUCUGGGCUGCUAAAUCUCCUCCUACAAACAGUAUUGGCGUCUUUAAACCCACUUGGUUUACAUCUGCAACAUUCCUAAGCAAGGAUGAUCAUCGCAAAAUUAUAGGUGGCACUAAUGGCCAUCAGGUUCGUCUUUAUGAUAUUUCUGCUCAGAGAAGACCUGUAAUAACAAUUGUUUUUAGAGAAACACCCAUUAAAGCUGUCGCUGAAGAUCUUGAUGGCUGGACAGUAUAUGCAGGGACUGCUUCGGGUGACCUUGCUUCAUUUGAUAUGCGCACAGGGAAGCUUUUGGGAUGCUUCAUUGGUGAAUCUAGUGGAAGUAUACGCUCCAUUGCUAGACAUCCGGAGCUCCCAGUGAUUGGAUCCUGUGGGCUGGACCGGUAUUUGCGCAUUUGGGAUGUCAAGUCCAGGCAACUUCUAUCUGCGGUGUUCUUGAAGCAGCAGCUUACUAGUUUUGUUUUUGAUUCUCAUUUUUGCAAUGAAGAGAAACAAGUUGUGAAUGAGGUACAACAAGCAUGUGAGGAAGUUUCUGAAGUCCCAACCAAAAGGAAGAAGGAUGCUAAAGACCCCGGACGAAAAAAGAAGCCAAGCACCAAGAAAACAGAUAUGAAUGAUACACAACAUGUAAGCAAAGAAGCCAAAGAAGUGUCUCACAAAUUGACCAACGGGAAGAACGGUAUAGACAAGAAGCGGAAGACCAUGAAAACAGCUCAUCAGCAUCCAGAGGAGCAAGAUAUGUCUGAAGAAGAAGAAGAAAGCAGCCCAGCUGAAGAGGAUACAGUGCUCUCCGGAAGUGAAAGGACGUCGAAAGGGCAAAGUGGCAAGAAGAAGAAGAAGAAAGUCAAGAGAAGAAAGCUGGCGGCUUGCAAAAACUAAGCGCCCCAAGAGUUUUUUUACGGCCCGUUUGGUGAGUUUUAGAGAUAUGAUAAGAUAUGAGUUUCGAAAUCUGAGAAAAAUGAUAUGGGUUUUGAAAUCUGAAUCAAAAGUGUUUGGUGAAAUUACAAGUGAAACAAAUCAUAGCUAGAGCUAUUUGGUAAGUAAUUAAAAAAAUCAAUUGUAGGUGUUGAA